AAUGAAAAAGGAGAGGCAUCAAUAAACAUGGAUAGUGAUAAUAAUCACAUAUCAGAAUCGACAACACCAUCCACAACCGGGCAAUACUCCACAAGCUCAAAGAAUAAGAGAAAAGAUCCAGAUCGUAGUAAUGAAGAAUUGAAAAAAUCAGAAUCCGACAAUGAAACUCGCGGUUUCAAGAUAGCUCCUAGAAACCAUUUUCGAAACAAGAUUAAUGAUCAGCGGACAUGUCCCCCU